GUCCUGAAAAAGGACUCCGUAUAGAAGAGAGGGGUAACACAAAACAACAGCGGAAGUCUCGCACCCUCAGUCGGACCUCCGUGCCUCGCGCUUUUGAGCAUCAUUAACUUUUAACAUUAAGGGAAAUAAAGAAGAGAGCGAGCGAGAGAGAGAGAGAGAGGGGGACGAUGAGAGGUCGAAUGGAGGAGAAACAGAAGAACAAUCUCUGUGAAACCACCCAUUCGAAUUCCGAUCCGUCGUCGCUUCAGCACGACCGCCCCGUCCGAGUCUACGCCGAUGGCAUCUACGAUCUCUUCCACUUCGGCCACGCUCGCUCCCUCGAGCAAGCCAAGAAAGCGUUCCCAAACACCUAUCUGCUGGUGGGAUGCUGCAAUGAUGAGAUUACCCACCAAUAUAAAGGAAAAACUGUUAUGACUGAGGCAGAGCGUUAUGAAUCUCUUCGCCAUUGCAAGUGGGUUGAUGAAGUUAUUCCAGAUGCACCAUGGGUAACUACAAUGGAGUUUAUAGACAAGCAUAAGAUUGACUUUGUGGCCCAUGACUCUCUUCCUUAUGCUGAUGCCAGUGGAGCUGGAAAUGAUGUCUACGAAUUUGUUAAAUCCAUUGGAAAAUUUAAGGAAACGAAAAGGACAGAAGGGAUUUCUACUUCAGAUAUUAUUAUGAGGAUUGUUAAAGACUAUAACCAAUAUGUGAUGCGCAAUUUGGAUCGUGGAUAUACUAGGAAAGAGCUGGGCGUUAGUUAUGUGAAGGAAAAGCGACUAAGAGUGAAUAUGAGGCUGAAGAAACUUCAAGAGAAAGUAAAGGAACAACAAGAAAAAAUUCAAACAGUUGCAAAAACUGCUGGUAUGCAUCGUAAUGAGUGGGUUGAAAAUGCUGAUCGUUGGGUAGCUGGGUUUCUUGAGAUGUUUGAAGAAGGUUGCCAUAAAAUGGGAACAGCCAUCAGGGAUCGAAUUCAAGAGUCAUUAAGGGGGCAGCAGUUGGGAGGGACCUCAUAUUUGAUGCAAAAUGGCACAGAGAAUGUUGAGGAUGAUGAAGAUGAAGAUGAAGAAUACUAUUUUGAUGAUGAUGAUUAUGAUGAUGACACAGAAGAAUACUAUGACGAAGAAGGAUAUGGAAAUGAAGAAAUGAAAUAGAGGAGCUUCUCCAUGUGUACUUAAAUUUGGCAGGGCCUAGUCAUGGAUACCUGUUCUUGUAAAGUACCUUACAGCAGCCGUGGAAGUUGAAAUUGGAUUGUUGUUACAGAAGGGGCUUAAGGGAGCUGAAUUGAAGUUAUACUUUCUGUAACAUUUUUAUUUUCCAUUUUUCCUUUUGCGUGGUCCACAUUUCCUAGGAACUGGUACCAGAUAUGCGUAAUAUUCUGGCCUUCUUGUGGUCUGUAAUGCAACUAAGGAACCUUAUGGGCAAAAGUUUUACAAAGUUUUGUGAAGCAAGAUAGUGUUUUAUAUAAUUUGGUGGCUGGCGUGUUGCUCUUAA